AUGGCAUCCACCCUAUCUCCCCGACUUAUUCGCCUCACACCUCUAUCCCACUUCUCUCGCCCUACCUCAACCUGUACCCGGGUUUUCAUUUCGCGCUACAGUACCAGUUCAGACGAAGAAGUGAUCAAGACUCAACAGAUCCCCGCACCAGGAUCAGGUCAUGUACGCGUGCUCCAACUCAACCGGCCUAGCGCCCGCAACGCGAUCUCGCGUCACCUGCUCGAUACCCUAUCCAAGCACGUGAAGUCCGUCGCCGCAGAGGAGGGCAACGGGCCGACUCGUGCCUUGGUAUUGUCAAGCAACGUUGACGCCGCAUUCUGCGCAGGCGCAGAUCUAAAAGAGCGCGCCAAAAUGAGCCCUGCCGAAACAGAAGAUUUCCUCCUGGAUCUCCGCAGCACAUUUAAAGACCUGUCAAACCUCCAAAUACCCACCAUCUCGGCGAUUUCCUCCAUGGCCCUUGGUGGCGGCCUCGAACUCGCGCUCACCACACACCUUCGCGUUUUCGGCUCCUCUAGUAUCGUCGGACUCCCCGAGACCCGCCUUGCGAUCAUCCCCGGCGCUGGCGGAACAUACAGGCUGCCUGCGCUCAUUGGUAUGAACCGUGCGCGCGACAUGAUUCUUACCGGGCGCAGAGUGACUGGCCCAGAAUCUUACUUCAUGGGGCUGUGCGACCGUCUUGUGGAGGUUUUGCCCGAGGAGGCGACAAAAGAGGGUGUUGCGCGCGAGAAGGUCCUGAGGGAGGCUAUUCGGUUGGCGCUGGAUAUUUGCGAGGGUGGUCCUAUUGCGAUCAAGCAGGCUUUGUUGGCCGUGGAGGGAUCGCCUAUGGGGGAGGCCUCAGAGAACAGAGCUUAUGAGGGAGUUAUUGAGACGGAGGAUCGGUAUGAGGCGCUGCGCGCCUUUGCUGAGAAGCGGAAGCCAGCUUUCCGGGGACGAUAA